AUGUUUUAUAAACAUCAGAUGAACAGUUCUUCAUUCCAGUUGGUGAACUGGCUACUGGCCAAAACCAUUCUGUUCAAUUUUGCAUUUAUAUUUUUGUUCAGUGUAUUUACAUUCACACCUUCAAUGACAUGGCACUUUUCCAAGUAAGGAGAUGUGAGGACUAGAAUUGGCAGUACUACAGUAGUAUCCUGUUAAAUACAUCUAGAGGGUCAGAGUAGACAUGGUUUUGACACAAAGCCCUGUUCAGCAUGUUAAAAGUUAAACUUCUUGCUAAUUACUGAGUGGGUAUUACUGAAGGAUCUGAGUUUUCCCCUACCAAAAUAAUUCCUAUCAAAGUAAAUAAACCAUGGGAACAGUCAACAGUGAUUCAAAUCUACUACUGUAAUAAAUAUGUUUCACAUUCUCAAACAUGGAGGGAUAUAACAACCAAGGGUAUAGGGGGAAUUCAACCUAAUUACAUAUUCACCUCACCAUAUUAAUACCCAGAAAGACAGCCAAUCAUCAGUCACUGACUCUCCAGGACCAUCCAUGAGAUGUUAGCUCCGGCCCUCAUAACUCAAUGCAAAUGGAUCAAGAGGAAAUAUUACUGCUGUCCUGUAAUGGACAAAAUUAUACCAAAAUGCUUAGGUUGUUAUAUGUUAAUGGAAUGUUAUAAUACGUUAAUUAUUAUGUAGCAAAGAGUACGUCAAUAGUAAAUAUAAAUGUAAAUCCACAGAAAAGACAUUCAGUGGCACAUUUAGAAGAUCUUGAAUUAAUUGAAGACCUUUUGGCACACACAUCUAGGUCAAAAUGUGGCACAACCUCUUCCCAAGCCUCUCAAACUAGUUGCAUUAACCAUUGCUUAACUGUUGGCUCACCUUUCCACCUACACAUCUUAUAUAGCCUGUGCAGGGUUAGGAUUUGAUUGGAUUGCAGCCAUCCCUUUGUUUUGUUAUCUAGAUCACAAUGACGAUCAAACUUUAUAAGAUUGACCUUAAUGGGGAUUAAUCUACUGAUUCUUUGAUGUUCGAGAUGGGAUCAGUUUAAUUGGGAUUCAUUUAAUCUCAGUUCAUAAAUUCAAUUUGAAACCACAUUUUUAAAAAAGAAUCAAGGAUGCGAAUGCAAACGUUUCUCAAUGUAUAAUUUAAUUGUGCAAUGCUGGGGGAAGAAAAUUAACCUACAGGCGGCCAUAUUGGUCAGUUAAUACAGGACUAGUAAAGGCACAGUGCACUACUUUAUUUAAAAAAUAUAUAUAUAUUUUUUUUAUUCUGAUUUUUCAGGGGGUGCUGCAGCAUCCUCAGCACCCCUACUUCCCACAGCUAUGCCCUUAGUAGCCUAUAACUUGUCCAAGAAAGUUAAAGAUCCUGCGAAAAGCAAGGUUGUAGCAGAUUGCCUGUUACAGCUAGAAGAGGAUGGACCUUACGUUCUUAGCUUUGUUCCUCUCUAGGUUUUUCUCUAGGUCUCCAGGGAGUUUUUCCUGGCCACUGUGCUUCUGCUUCCACUUCUGCUUGCUCUUUGAGUUCUAUGCCAGAUUACUGUAAAAACACUUUGUGACAACUGCUGAUGUAAAAAGAGCUUUAUAAAUGUGAUGAUUGAUUGAGAUGACAAGACAUCAACAAUGAAGAAGUACAAAAGCAUGGCAGCCGCCUAACAAGAAAGACUUGUUCAAUUUUAUUACACACUUGUAAGCCUCUUAGUCCCACUAAUUCUCCCUGACUGGACUGUGGUCUGUGGCUGGCAGGUGUUUACUCUACACUGCAAUGAUGGCUUAAUCCCCAUGUAGGCUAUAUGGUUCCUCAGAAUCGCCCCACUCCAGAAGAAUUUGACGGUCUUCCCAGUGAAGGACUUGGAACUAUGGAGGAGCUACUACUGCCCACUGAAGGCGAGGAGACGCGCUCCAACAAUAGCUCGUAUUCUCCAAGUGGAGAAACCAUGUACCAACGUGUCAAUAGAUUUCUCCAUGGGGCUUUUGUUGAUGACUUGAAACAGUGGUUAAGGGACUACCUGAAGCGCAACGGCUUGCUGACGCUCUCGGUUUUUGCCGUGUUGACGGGCUGUGUCCUGGGGGCUGUGUUAAGAGGGAGCCAUCUCUCUACCCAGGCUAAGAUAUAUUUCUCAUUCCCUGGAGAGCUUCUCAUGAGAAUGCUCAAAAUGCUUAUCCUCCCCCUCAUCACAUCCAGUUUAAUGUCAGGCCUGUCAUCCAUGGAGCCCAAAGCCUGUUGUCGUGUGGGUGUUCUCACUGUGACCUACUACCUGUGGACCACCUUCAUUGCGGUGGUGGUGGGUAUCCUGCUGGUGAUCAUCAUCAAGCCUGGGGUGGGCACUGAGAUGGACAGCAUCAGGCUAGGAGGAGGGCCCGUCAUGACUUCUGCUGAUGCCUUGCUAGAUCUCAUCAGGAAUAUGGUUCCUUCCAAUCUUAUUGAGGCAACAUUUCAGCAGUACAAAACAGAUCUGGUUCCUAUCCUGAAAGUCUCCAGGGUCACAGUGCAGCCCAACCUUGUGUACGCCAUACCUGACGAAAGUGACCUCAGGGGUCGGACGGUGUUACUGGAGCUCACUCCACCCCCUGAGAUCCACUACAAGACCAGCCCUGGCAACAGCCAACAGAUGAAUGUGCUGGGGAUCGUCAUCUUCUCUGCCACUAUGGGGCUGUUGCUGGGGAAAAUGGGCGAGAGAGGAGCACCACUAGUCAACGUGUGUCAGUGCGUCAACGAAUGUGUCAUGAAAAUCACCAACACUGCUGUUUGGUAUUUUCCAUUUGGGAUCAUAUUCCUUGUGGCUGGAAAAAUCCUAGACAUGCAGGACCCAUCUAAUCUUGGGAAGAAGCUGGGCUGGUACACCAUCACUGUUCUGACCGGGCUGUUUGUUCACGGCCUCAUCCUCCUCCCCUUCUUCUACCUUGUCCUGACUCAGAAAAACCCCUUCACUUACAUCAGAGGCCUGCUACAAGCCUUGGUCAUAGCAUUGGCCACCUCCUCAAGUUCUGCCACUCUACCCAUCACUAUGAAGUGCUUGCUGGAGAACUGCAAUGUGGAUCGGCAGAUAGCACGCUUUGUGCUGCCUGUGGGGGCCACCAUCAACAUGGACGGAACGGCUCUUUAUGAGGCCGUGGCGGCCAUCUUUAUCGCCCAGGUCAACAAUUAUGAGCUGGACUUUGGCCAGCUGGUCACCAUUAGUAUAACAGCUACAGCUGCCAGCAUAGGUGCUGCUGGGAUUCCCCAGGCCGGCCUCGUUACCAUGGUCAUUGUCCUGACAUCAGUGGGUCUGCCGCCUGAUGACAUCACCCUCAUUGUGGCCAUCGACUGGGUGCUGGACCGAUUCCGAACCAUGAUCAACGUGCUUGGAGACGCCCUGGCAGCAGGAAUCAUCGGCCACUUAUGUCGGAAAGACUUUCCUCGCGGUGGUACUGGCAAGUCCCAGCCUUCAUACGGCACACAGAACAAACACAACUUGCACAACAUGCAGAAUGGCAUGCCACUGACUGAGUUACCUUUGCACAAGCAAGACUGCUGUUAUGAGGUGAUGGAAGACACAGUCAACGAGAGCCCCACUAUAUACUACAAUAUCUGUCAAGUUUAACUCCUGGGAACACGCUAACCUCAAAUGCUGGACAUUUUUGGAGCACUUUUCCCCCACCUCUGCCAUGAAACAGUAUUGAACUGCUGUCACCUACCCCUUUUUUUGUGACUUAACUUUUUGUGACUGAACAUUUUGUUCUGCUUUGAUGGUGACAUUGCAAAGGACAAAUCAGUGUUUUCCACAAUUUCUUUUUUAAAUAUAUUUUUUAACAGUGAUGAGUUAGGAAUUGCCCCAUUGUACCACUACCAUCGUAUGUGGUAUUGACUAUGGCUAUUAACUCGGCUCGUCCAACAUCAAGUGGAUUCCCUGGAUGUUUUUAUUGUAUUUAUUAUUGUUCUCUACUGAACUGUUCCUCAUUAUGAUCCAUGUGUUAAUAACUACAUCCAUUUUGAACAACUUUAUUGGGAGUUGUAGACUAUGUGCGUUAUUGAUUUGUUUGACAAGCAUAGGAAGUACUGUAUGGUCAUAUUGUACAUUCUGGGUCAAUUGCAAUGAACUCAUAUUUAACUCAACUAAAUCUUCCUUUUAAUGUACCUAACAUUUAGUGGCAGUUUCAACCAUCUCUAAAUGCAAUAAAGUACAGGGAUAAAUGCUGUAAAAUUCAAAACACCUCUGAUUGUCUUUGUGUAUGAGCCCACUUUAUUCAUAUUUAUAAACUUUCAAAAAACAAAAUGUAGUGUUGCCUUAAAUAAAAUAUUUUAUUUAUCAUCUACACAGACACCAACCAUUUUGUCUGCCAACACAUAAGC